AUGUACAUCGACGUUACAUCGCCGUCGUUGAGCGGUAUCCCCCGCCCACCAUCCCGCACGGGCCAGGAAAAAUACCGGAUCACCGCGAAGAACCCCGACUUGUUUGCAUACGGCGGCAGCGACCCCGCAGCUAAAGACGUUGCGCACCAGCGUGACAGGCAAGCGAGCGACGCUGCCCCUCAUCGAAUGUAUGACGCGAAAAGGCGUAUGCGGGUCCCUUUCGCCGAGCUUGAACGUACUACAAACGAGCCGUUUUCUGGGCUCCUCAGCUCGCCCAUUUCUGAGCGUAGAAUCGUCAGUAUGGUGGGCCAAGCAGCGCUCUACGCCGCAAAUGAGUACACGGGCGGCACAAGCACGGCACUGUCAAUUCCCGCCAACAGGGGAGGUGCCGUCUCCCAUGCGACCCGGAGCUACUCCGUUGCGGCGCACUGCAGCAGCAAGAAAACUGAUGGACAUGAGACGAGAAUAGGGACAUGGGCGAGAGCAAAAGCUGCGGCUGGGAGAAACAGGAGCUACGGCACGCGCCGAAACGGCGCGGACCUGUCAAACGAUGGUGUAGUAUCGCUGCCUUGCUGCCGUCCCGCUGUGUGCAGACGCACACUUUCAGUACCUCACGAGACCGGACGGAAACGAGCAAAUGGCAAGCACCCGCAAUUGCGCAUGGCACAAUCUCGCGGGGCGACCGCGCUGCACAAGCCCUACGCUAUGGUUCACGGGAAGUUGUGA